CGGCUUAGUUUUGAGCUCCGGAGAUUUUUGUCAAUUUAGGGCAUUUCUAGAAGGAUUUUAAUAUUCGUAUCUUGGUUUACUGUUUUGCUUCUGUGCUUUGAGAGGGCUGUUUGUGAUAUUUGUGAUAUUUCUGCAUUUACAAUGCCGUCAGACAGAAGAAAAACUGGUGCUACGUCUAAAAAGCAGGCUGAGGAGUGCUCACAGAAGAAUGCAGGUAGUGACCCGUUAGAAGACCAAGCCGAUAAUCAGUCUAUUGUUGCCGCUAUUGAGGACAUUAAAACAUCAGUGGAAACUAUAAGAAAUGAUCUUUCGGAGGGUGAUCAGAGCGUAAAUUCAAAAUUAAAAUACGUUUCAGAACAAAGUGAGAGCAAUUAUGAAGAUAUAUCUUUGCUACGACAAGAAAACGCUCAAUUGCGGAGAGAACUGCGAUCGGUUGUAAUCCGAAUGGACAGGAAAAUGUCCGUUAUCGAAAACGAUGUUACGGAUCUUAGAUCAAGGUCUAUGCGGGACAAUAUCCUUAUUCAUAAUUAUCCUUACGAAUCCAACGAGAACCUAACCACGUCGAUGCCAGUUACUUUUAAAGAACUUCUUGGGGUGGAUGUAAGUUUUGUAAGGAUUCAUAGGAAUGGGGUGCGUCCAGAAUAUAAUUCUGAUCGACCAGUAUCCAUUACUGCAAAGCUGACCGACCGUAGUAAAAUCAACACAAUUCUUAAUGCCCAAAAGCUAAAGAAAAUGGCUAAACAACCUUUGCCUUUCUUUAUCACCACGCAGCAACCUGCAUCUAUUGUUUCCGCUAGAAACAAGGUGUACGAUACGGCAGAGUCUUUGAAAACUCAAAAUAUUACUGCUAAGAUUCAAAAGAAUCAUGUAAUCUUACCCAACGGCGCCAGAUAUAAAGAGGAUGUUCCAUUUCUAACGAAUGCAGAUGCGUUAUUGGUAACAGCUGAAGAGACGGAACACCUAGACUCGGUUGAAAUAAAAAACUCGGACCCAAUCAAAAAGGACGGCUCAGAAUUUAUGGCUUUCGGUGCUCGAGUUAAAACUGCGGAUGCUGUGAAGAAUAUGUACAGCAAAGUUUUAAUAGAUCCCUACGCAGCCAGUGCCGAUAACCGAAUCUUGGUAUACAGAUUCGUCACAGAGGACGGUGCCUUACAUGAAAAUUACCACGAUGAUUCCGAACAUGGUGCCGGGCGGAAGAUGUUGCGAUACAUGAGAGAAAAUAACAUUCAAAACGCCGCUUUCGUCAUCACAAGGUGGACGGGUGAUGCUCAUAUUGGACCUCAUAGAUUUUCAAUAAUGGAACAGUUGGUAAAUGAUGUCGCCAAUUCUUUGGAAAUGUGACUUCUGAUGUCAUACAGACAUACACACGGUAAUGGUUAAAUAAAACAAAACUCAAACAGUUACGACUGACGUAACCAUGUUAACAGGAGUCUUAUAGCUGAAAGGUGACCUUAUUGAUGUUGUAAAUAUGUUUCCUUUUUUGUAAAUACGAAUAUUAAUGCCGUUUUUUUUUUCUUCUUCAAAUGUAAUAUAAUGAAAGUUUAUAUUAAGAAUUUAAUUUUUGUUUAAUAUAUUAUAUAUGUAUGAAACCGGAUUUAAAAAUAGUUUUCGACUUGGAAAUUACAUUGGUACUUUUCUGGAUUUAAAUGUUUACUCUUUUUGAUUUUCUAUUUUAUUCUCAUAACGGCAUUUCCGAUAUGAUUUAUAUAUAAAUUUAUCGUUGCCCUAUCGACAAAAUCUCUAACAAGACGUGCAUAUCUAUCACUCUAUGAUGCAUGUGUCUUUAUUACUAAACCAUUCUUUAAUUUCCUCUUCUAUCUUCUCUUCUACCUUUAGCAUGUUCAGAGCGACAUAUUUUCUGAUGGUGAGUAAAUGUUUGUCCAGGUUUUUUGCACCAGUUCAAUUUCAUAUUUCAUGUCUGGUUUUACAGUAGUUUCAGUAAAUUGUCAGGGUCUUCAUGAUUUUAAAAAGAGAAAGGACAUACUCCAAUAUUAUAAGCAAUUUCAAUGCAAUAUAUUGUGUCUACAAGACACUCAUUUUACAG